CUGAUUUGUAAGAUUAUUGCAGGAGAUGCACAAACCACCUCUGUAUCACCAACCUCAACACAUAGUCCGGAUCAUCCAAACCAGAAUCGGAAAAGCUUUGGGACAGCUCAAAGCAACAAUGAACGAGUACUGAAGUGUACAAUUUGUCAUGAAAGACUGGAAGAUACACACUUUGUCCAGUGUCCGUCUGUCUCAUCACAUAAAUUUUGCUUCCCAUGCUCUCGUGAAAGUAUCAAAAGACAAGGAACACAGGAACCCUAUUGUCCAUCAGGUGAAAAAUGUCCUCUUGUCGGCUCGCAAACGCCAUGGGCUUUUAUGAUCAAUGAAAUUGCAACAAUACUUGGUGAUGAGUAUGAACAGUAUAGACGAGAACGUGAAGCAAAUGGUACCGGAGCAACAACAUUAGUACAAAAUCCAAGUGCACAGACUACCACAUCUCAGAGUGGUUCAACACAGCAAAAUUCUCCUGCUUCGACUACAACAAGUGUAGCUUCAACUACAAAUCAAGGUGGUCCAUCUUCAGCUUCAACGCAGCAUGUCGGCUAA